CACCUCCCCCAAUCACAGACUUUGGACACUGACCACCCUUGCCCUGUGCACAGGGACUGGACACCAUCCACUUGUCCCCCACGCAGACUUUGGACGCUGUUCACCUCCUCUAUUGAAAUCCAGCCAUUGGCCCCCUCCUCCCUGUACACUUCCCGCACUCUAAUCCCACUCACACAGCAGGAUGCUCUUCGCUCUUCUCUUCGCCCUCUCUCUCUGUCUGGGGGUCUCCUGGGGUCAAGAACCGAGUCAGCCAACCCCAAGUUUCACCAGGCCCGUGUUCCUGUGCGGAGGAGAACUCACAGGGGAUUCUGGGUAUGUGGGCAGUGA